AUGGGGAACCACACUACAUUGGUGGAAUUCAUCCUCAUUGGGUUUUCUGAUGUUCCCAAACUUCAAGGAUUUCUGUUUGGUACAUUUUUAAUAAUCUAUAUUGUUAUUCUUAUGGGAAAUGCCCUCAUUAUCAUCAUCACUAAGGUUGAUCCUUCCCUUCAGAUCCCCAUGUAUUAUUUUCUUGGAAACUUUUCUUUUUUGGAAAUAUGUUAUGUGUCUGUCACUGUCCCCAGAUUAUUGGCAGAUCUUUGUAGACAAAAUAGAAGAAUUUCUUUUCUGGCCUGUGCUUUUCAAAUGGAUGUUUUUGUGAUUUUGGGAGCCACUGAGUGCUUAAUUCUCACUGCCAUGGCUUAUGACAGGUAUGUUGCCAUCUGUAACCCAUUACUCUACCCUGUCAUCAUGAGCCAUAGACUGUGUGUGCAGUUGGCAUCUGCCUGUUGGAUCACUGGGAUUCUGGUCCCCAUCGGGCUCAUCUACAAGAUUUUCUCUUCACCCUUCUGUAAAUCCAAUGAGUUGAAUCAUUUUUUCUGUGAUGUACCCCCAGUUGUUCAGCUUGCUUGUGGGGACACUUUGAUGAUUGAGAUAUUGAUCUAUGUGAUUGCUACAGCAAUUAUCAAUAUUCCUUUUUUAUUGGUCCUUGGAUCUUAUGUAAAAAUAAUCUCCACCAUCCUGAAGCUACCAUCAGCCACUGGGAGAGCCAAGGCCUUCUCGACUUGUUCUUCCCAUCUCAUGGUUGUGACUUUGUUCUUUGGAUCAGGCGUCAUUGUGUACAUGGAACCUAAGUCUACUCAAUCAACAGGAAUGGACAAGUACCUUUCUCUUUUUUAUACCAUCUUGAUACCAAUGUUUAACCCUAUAAUUUAUUGUCUGAGAAACAAGGAUGUUAUGGUGGCCUUGGGAAAGUUCCUACAGAAAUGGACUGUGUCUUGA